AUGUCGACUUUCAAGGAACUUGUCAAACACCAGCCAUCCCUUCUCGCGGCCGUUGAUGUACGCAACUGGACGCUUCUACAUCUAGCAAUUGACUCCAAGCAGUUAGAUAUCAUGCGGCUACUUAUUAAGCUGGGGGCUGAUCCUCAUGCCCGAACUUCCCCUACGACAUUCUUUAUACCAAUAUAUCUGAGAGGGCUUUCGCUCUCGCCUGGAGAUAUUGCUAGAACUCAUGGACGUCCCGUCGUUCAAGCCUACUUGGAUGCCUUAGCAUCAAACGGAUUAGAGUUUCGCGCUGUGUGUGAGGAAAAAGAUGACUCGUAUGACAUUUUCUGGCCCGCUUUCGAGCAAUUAGAGGGAAAUUUUCUAUUGUCGCCCUGUUCCACAUAA